CCCCCAGUUCCAGUUUGACUUUUCGCGAAGAAAAGAGAGGGUGGAGAAAGUGACAUUUGUCGAUUUAAAAACUGAAUUAUAAGUUGUGUUUGUGCAUUUGUUCAAAAAAUACUAAAUUUUCGCAGUUUUCGCGAUGGUAGACUAUAGCAAGUGGAAAAAUAUCGAGAUUUCUGAUGAUGAAGAUGAAACGCAUCCAAACAUCGACACACCGUCGCUCUUCAGAUGGAGGCACCAAGCCAGAGUCGAACGGAUGGAAGAAAUGAAACGAGAAGCUGAAGCACUGAAACGAAAAAAGGAAGAAAGCGAGCGUAAACUGAACGAAGCGAAAGCAAAGUUAGUGAACGCUGAGAAGGCUGGAGACAGUAAUUUGCAAACGAUUAAAGAUUCUGUGUCGACUUUAGAGAAGGAAAUGACUGAUUUAAAGAUGAAACAGGACGAACAUGAAAAAAAAGAGAAGUUAGCUCCAUGGAACGUCGACACAAUCAGUCAGCCCGGAUUUGCGAAGACUGUGAUCAACAAAAAAGCACCAAGACCCAAGGAUGAACAGUUGACUGACGAAGAAAGGGAGGAAAAAAUGAAAAAAUUCGUCAAGGAUAACGAAAAAAAUUUAAAGCAUUUUGGAAUGUUGAGACGUUAUGAUGACUCAAGAAAGUUUCUCAGAGAACAUACUGAGCUCGUGUCUGAGGACACAGCCAAUUAUUUAGUUAUAUGGUGCAUCAGAUUAGAAAUGGAAGAAAAACACGACCUUAUGAAACAUGUGGCUCAUCAGACUAUCUGCAUGCAGUACAUCCUAGAACUAGCCAAGCAGCUGGAUUAUGAUCCUCGUGGAUGCGUUGACCCGUUCUUUUCAAAAAUACAAAUAGCUGAUCCGUUGUACAAAAAAUCGUUUGAUGAUGAACUGGAACAAUUUAAAGAGCGCAUAAGGAGACGGGCGGCCGAGAAAAUCGAAGAAGCCGUAAAAGAAGCUGAAGAAGAAGAAAGAAAAGCGAGAAUUGGACCUGGCGGUUUAGAUCAGCUGGAAGUUUUAGAGAGUUUGCCUGAGAAUUUAAGAAAGUGUUUUGAAACGCAGGAUAUCCAAAUGCUGCAAGACACGAUUAAAGAAAUGAAUGAAGAUGAAGCCAAUUAUCACAUGAAGAGGUGUGUUGCUGCCGGACUUUGGAUACCUGAUGCAAAGAAGCAGAAGGAAGGAGACGGCGAACACAGCGAGGAGACUGAAGCUGAGGCUGAGAGCAGUACUGAAGCUGGGCCUUCUGCACAAGCAAAACCUUAAUUAGGCUUGGAUUGCGAUUUUUCUUGUUUAGCCUUUACUUUAUAAGGAUGCAAAUUUAUUGUAAUAAUAUCCUAGAUUUGCUAGAAUCUGAAUAAAUUUCCUUACAAAAUU